UAUCCUUGGCUAGUCUAGUGAAGGAUGCGAACCAGUAAACUUAACGAGCUUCGCCAUUUGAAAAUGCGCAGCUGAGCUGAGGCAAGUGGAUAUCCCAUUUUAAAUCAGUGGAUAUUACACAAUGAAUUUAAUUGUAUCCCCAGCUUCAUAGCCGCUAAUACCACAGCACUGUGCACACAAAAACUCAAACCACAUGAUGAACAUCGCGCUCCCUCGCGACAUAACUGACGUCAUAAAUAAACACUGUCAUUCACUGUGUGGUGGAUGUCUGAAGGCCGAUUGUGCCAGAUUGCCUUGAGACCAUCAUGGACACCACGCGAGCAGAUACCGAAGAGUUGGUCCAGUGGUUAAAGUCAGUUGUGUUCCCAAAAAUCACGAAAAUUACGGGAAAGUCAUUGGACACUGCAGCCUUGGAGAUUACAGUACCGGAUAACUGCUUCUUCCUAUCGACCGUCUACUUCGCGAAAAUAAAAUUGAGUGACGACUCGAUUUCGGUUGUGAUUAAAAAACCCCUGUUCGUGAGUGAUGAUAAAGCGGCGAUGCAUGUCAAUGAACUCUUCCACAAUGAAAUUCUUUUUUAUGACGAAGUGUCACCGAACAGUGACAGAUAUCCGCGAUGUUUUUACGCUUAUGAGGACGUUCAAUGUCCCAACAGAACGUCCAUCGUCACCGAAAAUGUCGAAACAAUGGGCUUCAGCCUCUGCCCCGAAGCCUCGGAAAUUCCAAUGAAGUACAUUAUCGCGGGACUUCGCGAAAUGGCGAGACUUCAUGCUAUGGGUUACGUCAUGAAGACCAAUGAUUCCGCAAAAUUUUUCGAUAUUGUUGGAAAAAUUCAGGAAACACGAUACUUGCGAGGCGAGUGGAAUGAAAUGCUGGUGAAUUUCAUCGCAUCGAGACCCAUCAAUUACUUGCGAAAACAGAAGUACGAUUCAGUUUUUUGUGAUAAAAUGGCGAAACACUUGGAAUUUGCGUUUGAGACGGUUAUGUUGGAUGCUGUGAAACCUUGUGAGCCGUUGGCUGUAUUAUGUCACGGUGACUACACGAGAAAUAAUAUAUUCUAUCGUGAAACUGGGGGGGAAUUGGACGCCAUAUUGAUUGAUUUUGCAAUGCUCAGAUAUUCAUCACCGGCAAUUGAUUUAUCGACUUUUCUUUACAUAAGUUGUUCGACGAAAGACAUUUGUGAAAAUUUCCGGGAAAUGUUCGACGCCUAUCACGCGGAAUUGAUUGAUUAUUUGAGGAAACAUGGAAUCACAGAUGUCGACUGUUACUCAUAUGAUAAAGUGUUAGAGGACUAUAAACGACGAGCGAUGUUUGGGUACGUGAUAGCCCUAUUCUUUGUUCCACUGCAACGUGGAAUGGUGACUCUCGGUCCCACGGUCAUUGGUAGCGAUGAUUUUAGAAAAUUUCAGGACGACACGAUGAUCGCGGGAGGGGAUGAACUGGUAAAGGAGUUCGCCGAUCUCUUGAUUAAUUUACGGAAUCACGGAUGCUUGAGGCACGUCGAGUGAGAGGAAAAAAUAUUCCCUACGCGGUAAGAAAAUACAAAUGUUGAAGACAACUGUCUGAUGGUGAUUCGCACCAUCUGUUUUGUAGUGGAGAUAAAUUAUUUUUUUCUCAGAUAUGUUCAACUGAGAGGAAUAAAACCUUGCCAGAAUUA